AUGAAUACUACGGAGAUCUACAACAGUGCGAUAAGCACCACGGCUAUAUACUCUGAAUUUGAAAGAUACAGCAAGGCGAUGAAUGGCAAUAUGAGUAGCGACGGUGAUCUUGACGUUUCGCCAGUGACUCUAUCAUCGGCCUGGUCCAGAGUGGCCCGACUUUUGCUGCUGGCUUCCCUCGCCGUAGGCGGGAGCGUAGGUAAUGUCUUCAUGAUAUCCGCCGUCGUAGUGGAGGAUCAGCUGAACAAGCGAGGAAACGCAUUCCUCGUGAACGUGGCGCUGGCGGAUUUGCUGGUGACUGGUCUGGUAAUACCGGUCUCGGUGAUCGUAAUCCUGGCGGGUUACGCGGAGUCCCUGGGUGCUUGCCGAUUCGAGUGGACCCUCGAGGCUCUUUGCUUCCUGGUGACCGUACUAACGUUGGCCACAAUCGCCGCCGAAAAUUACGCACGUCUGUGUCUGCCCGCUGAAAGUAGAUACGCCAGUCUGACGGCAAGUCGUGUAACAGCCACGAUUAUCAUCGUUUGGCUAAUCGCCGUGACUGUGGUGGCUUUGCAAUCGUCCUUGGACAUAGGUCCUGACUUCUGCCGUCGCAGGCUCAGCGGUAUUGCGAUGGAACAAGCAGUGGGGGCAAGUAUAUUGGUUGGGCUGCCAGCUUUGACGACGAUCUUCCUCUACGUGAAGCUGGUGAUACGUGUGCGACGGGCCACGCGAGGCUCGUACAAGCCGCCAGCCGCUUUCUCCUGGGACUACGAGCUCACGAAGACGAAUAUGUGUAGCUGCGUGAUGUUCGUCGUGUUCUGGUUGCCGUUUGGCCUGGCGGUCUGCGUGAACACCUUCAUUCCGGUGAGCACGCGUGUGCUGUACAACCUGGCCUGGUUCGCUCUGUCCAAGUCCUGCUUCAACAAUCUGCUCUACUGCGUGGCGGACCGCCACUUUCGUAGCGCUUACGUCAAACUUUUUCACUACUGCUGCUGCAAGACCACGGUAAGCUUCUCGAGGAGGCCGCGCGGUGGUGAGGGUAGAAAUUCUAGCGACGUGCGCCUCCGAGUACACAUUAUUCACUCGUACGCGAGUCCGUCAUCCUGUCGUCCGACUGUGGCCAGACCGAACGGACGUGACGUCUACGAGCUUUAG